CGGCACUGGGCUCGCCGCGCUGAACGCAGCUAUGGAGCAGGCACCGCCGGACCCCGAGAGGCAGCUGAAACCUGCGCCCCUGGAGCCGCUGGGUCGUCCCGACGCUGGGCUGGAGGCUGUGGCCGGUGAGGAAGCCGAAAGGGCCCGGGAAGAGGGCUCCGAAGCUGACACGAUGACAGAAAAUAAUUUUGGAUUAAAGAAGAUAGAAAUCAGUGUUUCAGAGGCUGAAAAGCGAACUGGAAGAAAUGCCAUGAACAUGCAAGAAACAUAUACAGCUUACCUCAUUGAAACAAGGUCAGUUGAACAUGCUGAUGGUCAGAGUGUCCUAACAGACUCACUGUGGAGGAGAUAUAGUGAGUUUGAGUUGUUGAGAAACUACCUUUUAGUUUACUAUCCACAUAUUGUUGUGCCACCUCUACCAGAAAAACGGGCAGAAUUUGUUUGGCAUAAACUCUCUGCUGACAACAUGGAUCCGGAUUUUGUGGAAAGACGACGGAUUGGUUUAGAAAACUUUCUCUUAAGAGUUGCUUCACAUCCUAUCCUUUGUAGAGACAAAAUCUUCUAUUUGUUUUUAACACAGGAAGGUAACUGGAAGGAAACUGUGAAUGAAACUGGGUUUCAGCUGAAAGCAGACUCCAGGUUAAAAGCGCUUAAUGCAACAUUCAGAGUGAAAAACCCAGACAAGAGAUUUACUGAACUGAAACACUACAGUGAUGAACUACAGUCGGUCAUCUCACAUCUUCUUCGAGUCAGAGCUAGAGUAGCAGAUCGACUCUAUGGUGUAUAUAAAGUACAUGGGAAUUAUGGACGAGUUUUCAGUGAAUGGAGUGCCAUAGAAAAAGAAAUGGGUGAUGGGCUACAGAGUGCUGGUCAUCAUAUGGAUGUGUAUGCAUCUUCUAUUGAUGAUAUUUUGGAAGAUGAAGAACAUUAUGCAGAUCAGUUAAAGGAAUACCUUUUUUAUGCAGAAGCACUACGGGCUGUGUGCAGGAAACAUGAACUUAUGCAGUAUGACCUGGAGAUGGCUGCCCAGGAUCUAGCUUCCAAGAAGCAGCAGUGUGAAGAACUUGCAACUGGGACUGUGAGGACAUUCUCUUUGAAGGGAAUGACUACCAAGCUCUUUGGUCAAGAAACUCCAGAGCAAAGAGAAGCCAGAAUCAAGGUGUUAGAAGAACAAAUAAAUGAAGGAGAACAACAGCUAAAGUCUAAAAAUUUGGAAGGCAGAGAAUUUGUGAAAAAUGCGUGGACUGAUAUUGAACGAUUCAAAGAACAAAAGAACCGUGACCUAAAGGAGGCCCUCAUAAGUUAUGCUGUCAUGCAGAUCAGCAUGUGUAAAAAGGGAAUUCAAGUUUGGACCAAUGCUAAGGAAUGCUUUAGCAAGAUGUAAUCCUAUGAAAUGACUUUUUCUUCAAUCAAAGUGCCCCAAAACAAAGCACAAGUAAAUAAAAGAAAUUUAAGUUGCUACCCUGUAUACUUAAAAAUAUACAAUAAGUUGAAUCAGUUCAGCUUUAUUUUAACUGAUUAUAGUUGUGUUCCUAUAGCACAAAAAUUAUGUAUUUUAAUCAAGAUUAAAUAUUAUAAUUUGAGGUUUUGGGGACUGGUGCUGAUUCCAAAAAAAGUUAAUUUAAUAAUAUAUACCAACAGAUUAUUCAUCAGGCUUCUGAACCAAUGAUUGAAUGUUAAGGCGUUAGUUAAUUUCUAGACGCUCCUUUCAAUGCCAACUCUUUCAGAUCUGUUCAUGCAGGAAGUUCUUUUCCUAAGAUUGAAUUCCUAUAUUUACUUGGUGAGACCCACUAACCUGUCAUAAGGGGGCAUUUUCUCUUGCCUUAUAGUUGAGCUGUUUGGUUUGACAAAGCUCAGCAGAAAUUUAUUGUGAAAUCUAGGUUUUUCUUCCACAUUUGUUGAUGCCCCUGUAACACAUCAUACACUAGAAAAUGCCUUCAGUUUGUGUUUUACCAGAAUUUUGAUACUGGUCAGAAAUUUUAUACUGCCAACAAAUAAGUCUCAACUUCUCAGAUAUAGAGUGGAAUACAUUCUUUUGGUCCAGGAAUUGCUAUAUAGAAAAUUUUAAUUGAGUAGUAGUAUUCUCAACAAUUCUUAACCUCAGUGAUGAGCCCAAUUUCCUUUGCUUGGCUCUCUGCACAUGGCAUUUCAGGGUACAAGAUGUAGCAUUUCCAUGUAUAAGAUAAAUGUGGUCAACACAUGAGCUCAUACCUUUAUCAUUAACAGCCUUCGUUUCUAUUGCUUGGCUAUAAUUUUUGUAAAGAUAAAUUAUAUUGUUUUUUUUAUGUAUGUUUUGUGGUAUAUGUUCAGAAGCCAAGCACCCUCGUUUUCGUAGCUUUGCAGAAUCUUAAAUGUGUACUCAUUAUUUCUAAUGAUGUUUUAAAAAAUCCCCAUACCAUUCAACAUUUGACUUUUUUACAUGUUUAAAAUGUUGCUGGAUUUUUGUGCUGUUGCCAAACUUAUACAAUAAAUAAAUGAAGUAUUGUGCUGAGUUUCAAA